UGUCUCGGGAUCUCGGCGACGGCAAUAAAUAUUAAUCAUAUUCGUUUAUUUCGUUUAGAAUCGUUCAUUUUUGUGUAAAGAUUGAAUCAAUAUCAAUACAGAUUCGUUAUACAAUUUCAUCGACGUGAAUUCGUGGUUGGCGGUAUGUCGCUGGAGGAGGUGUACAUCCAGGAAGGACCCGAAUGUGAGGACAGUGAUGACGAUGAAGAGGAAGCAGUAUUGUUACAAGUAGAGGGUGUGAAGGAGGAGUGUGAGAGCGCAGAAGCGAGCGAGGCGGGCAUGCUGGCCGGCCUGUACACAAGCCAUGUGCUCGAAGAAUUCGUUGUGUUGGAGCCGGAGGAAGCUGAGGUUCCGACGCAUGGCAUGGUUAUGCAGCCGCGGGCGCGCGCUAAUUAUAAACAAUAUGCAACUCUAGUUGGGUUUAUGGAAAGACACUCGGAUAUAGCGCGGCUGCCGCCCGGCUGCCGGCUGUGGGGCGACCGUCUGUGGCUGCAGCUCGUGACGACGCUCAACGCCGUGCCCGGCGGCGUCUACAAGCCCCCCGAGAAGUGGAAGAAAGUAAACACUCGGAUAUAUCCUGGCUGCCGGCUGUGGGGCGACCGUCUGUGGCUGCAGCUCGUGACGACGCUCAACGCCGUGCCCGGCGGCGUCUACAAGCCCCCCGAGAAGUGGAAGAAAGUAAACACUCGGAUAUAUCCUGGCUGCCGGCUGUGGGGCGACCGGCUGUGGCUGCAGCUCGUGACGACGCUCAACGCCGUGCCCGGCGGCGUCUACAAGCCCCCCGAGAAGUGGAAGAAAGUAAACACUCGGAUAUAUCCUGGCUGCCGGCUGUGGGGCGACCGUCUGUGGCUGCAGCUCGUGACGACGCUCAACGCCGUGCCCGGCGGCGUCUACAAGCCCCCCGAGAAGUGGAAGAAAGUAAACACUCGGAUAUAUCCUGGCUGCCGGCUGUGGGGCGACCGGCUGUGGCUGCAGCUCGUGACGACGCUCAACGCCGUGCCCGGCGGCGUCUACAAGCCCCCCGAGAAGUGGAAGAAACGCGGCUGCCGCCCGGCUGCAUAUCCUGGCUGCCGGCUGUGGGGCGACCGUCUGUGGCUGCAGCUCGUGACGACGCUCAACGCCGUGCCCGGCGGCGUCUACAAGCCCCCUGAGAAGUGGAAGAAACUCGUGACGACGCUCAACGCCGUGCCCGGCGGCGUCUACAAGCCCCCUGAGAAGUGGAAGAAACUCGUGACGACGCUCAACGCCGUGCCCGGCGGCGUCUACAAGCCCCCCGAGAAGUGGAAGAAAGUAAACACUCGGAUAUAUCCUGGCUGCCGGCUGUGGGGCGACCGUCUGUGGCUGCAGCUCGUGACGACGCUCAACGCCGUGCCCGGCGGCGUCUACAAGCCCCCCGAGAAGUGGAAGAAAGUAAGUCACUAUAAACUAACGCCAAGCUGCCGGCUGUGGGGUGACCGGCUGUGGUUGCAGCUCGUGACGACGCUCAACGCCGUGCCCGGCGGCGUCUACAAGCCCCCCGAGAAGUGGAAGAAAGUAAACACUCGGAUAUAUCCUGGCUGCCGGAUGUGGGGCGACCGUCUGUGGCUGCAGCUCGUGACGACGCUCAACGCCGUGCCCGGCGGCGUCUACAAGCCCCCCGAGAAGUGGAAGAAAGUCUGGGCUGACUGGAAAGCGAAGACCAAGAAGAAGGCAAUCAUGUUAAGAAAGAAUAACGGGGCAAGGGGUUCCCUCAACGUUCUAGAGAAGCGCGUGUUGGGCGUCAUGAAACCGGCUGCCUACAGAAUGGCCGACUUGGAGGAGAAAGGCUUUAUUCCACCAAACUUUUCGGCACCACCUAAAGAUGACAACGUAGCGCAUGGCGGCUCAGGACAGUCGGAGGCCGCUAACUCUGGAGAUGCACAUUCAACGGUAUCGGCACUCGGAGCGCCGCCGGCACCUCCCGCGCCCCCGGCGCCCUGCUCCCGGCAUCCCCGCCCCGCGCCCGCGGCACCGCAUCCCCGCCCCGCGCCCGCGGCACCGCAUCCCCGCCCCGCGUCCGCGGCACCGCAUCCCCGCCCCGCGCCCGCGGCAUCGCACCCCCGCCCCGCGCCCGACACACCAAACACGGCAAACUCACGCGAAUCGUUAAAUGCUUCUACUUCAGAUACUCAUCCUCCAUCAAGCAUUCGUCAUGCUACUACAACCAGUGACACUACUAGUCGUUCUACUGCAACUAGUCAUAUUCCUACUACAAGUCCUCCUGCAAAUCGUCGCUCACUACUACCGCGUGUAACCCUCGCCGAAGCACUCAACAACUUCACAUCGAUCGAACGCCGGCGACUUAAGUUAGAUGAGAUACGAGAGAGGAACCUGCACGCGCGAGAGAGAGAAAAGCUGAGACUGGAAAGGGAGAGGCUGAGGGUGGAGAGGGAGAGGGUAGAUGUGUUCCGUCAUCUGGCUGAGACGGCGCAGGAUUUGUUGGCUCACUUCACCGGGGGUAGCCAGAACCAUGCUCGUGAAUAGGACCAUUAUAGAGCAGUACCACAGUAUAAUAGUACUACCGUACAGUCAGCAGCAGAAGUUGCUAAGCGGGCGAGGUGUUCUAAAUUACCUUGACACGCUCUUAUUCACUUAACAAUAAAGUCACGUCAAGAACAUUUUGAACACCUGGCCCGCUUAGCAACAUCUGCUGCCGACCGUACAGAAAAUAAACUUCCUACAAAACCAAAGUUUGACAGCGAUUCAGGGACGAAUCAUGCUGUCCCUAUCUUAUGUAUGGUAAUACUAUUUCGGCUAUUUUGGGUUGUCAAAAUUCAAGACAUCUUAUCAGUGGUCGUGCACGCAAAGACGUCAAGUUGUGCCAACCCUAAUAAUUGCUCGGAGCAAUGCUGGGCCGAACGGAGCCGAGAAUGCCCGAAAGGAUCAGUUUCGCCCCCCUGGCAAUAUUGGCAACAGGAAACGAGAUUUUAAAGAACUUUGACAAUUAAAAGUACAAAAACAUGUGAAGUAUUUUCAGCGAUUUUCCGUAAAUUGACAUAUGGGGACUAAAGCGACGCAGCAAAAUAUUUUUCAG